AUGCGAAUUUUUUCCCAGACUGAACUGACCUGGAUCCGCAACAUGCACAACAGCACUGCCGAAACUCCGCAUAUGGCUGGAGCACGCAACGAGACUUUGUCCACACAGUCACCGAGCUCCGAGUUUUCACUGGGCGUGAUGGUGCUGCUGGCUUUCCUCAUGGUGUUGCUAGCUCUGGUCACCAUCCUCGGAAACGUCCUGGUGAUCCUUGCUUUCAUCAUGGACAGAAACCUCAGGCAUCGGAGUAACUAUUUCUUUCUCAAUCUCGCCAUUUCUGACUUUGCAGUGGGUGCCUUCUGCAUGCCUCUCUACAUCCCUUACAGCCUGACAGGGAAAUGGCACUUGGGAAGAGGCAUCUGCAAACUCUGGCUGUCUCUGGACUACCUCCUGUGCACAGCUUCAGUGUUUAACAUUGUUCUUAUCAGCUAUGACCGUUUCCUGUCAGUGACUAAAGCUGUAUCUUACAGAGCCCAGCAGGGAAUAGCGUCCAACCCUGUCAUCAAGAUGGUGGCAGUCUGGGUCUUUGCCUUCCUCCUCUACUGCCCAGCAAUCCUCUUUUGGGACCACGUGGCCGGACACAGCGUGGUAGCGGUGGACCAGUGCUACGCUGAGUUCUUUGACAACUGGUACUUCCUCCUGUGUGCGUCCACGCUGGAGUUCUUCGUGCCUCUGCUCUCGGUGACCUACUUCAACGUGCACAUCUUCCACAACAUCCAGAGGCGCCAGCGGCAUGGCAGCAUGCAGGACUGUGAGCUUCCAAGGAGAGACAGCCUGUCCUGGAGAUUUUGCCUCUCGCUGAGGCUCGGACCAUUUUCUCCUCCAUCGGAAGCAGAGGACAGUGUUUCUUCCUCCACAAGGCCAAAGAAAGAGUCUUUGGUAACUGAGAGCUCAUCUCCAUCCAGAGGCAGUUCUCUAACCCCAGCAAAUGACUUCUCUGUUUCUUUCUGUGCAAGGACCGGGUCAAAACUGCAGCAGGACAAGAAAAUUGCAAAGUCGCUUGCCAUAAUUGUGUGUGUGUUCGCCAUUUGCUGGGCCCCAUACACUUUACUAAUGAUUAUCCGUGGGGCCUGCAAAGGGACUUGUGUUCAUAACUCCUUGUAUGAAAUAACCUUUUGGCUUUUGUGGAUCAAUUCCUCUCUGAAUCCAUUUCUCUAUUCUCUCUGUCAUGUUAAAUUUCGAAUGGCUUUCAUGAAAAUAUUAUGUCCCAAAAAGUUUGCAACAUUGAGAUUAGGCUCUUAG